AUGUCAGAUGCAGAUAUAGCUAUACCAAUGGACCUCUCGAGGUAUACGUUUGAUCCAUGCUGCCCACUCCCGAGUGAUCGAGCUUCGAGAAACCAUGUCAUAGAGAAAGGACCAAUAAGGCCAACACAAUGUGCAUUUCCGGUUAACAAACAGGGAAGAAAAAUUUUGACAACAUGGUAUAGCAACUAUUCUUGGCUUGAGUACUCUAGAUCAUCUGAUAAAGCAUUUUGCUUCUACUGCCGUAUUUUUAACAAACAGAUAUCGCAAAAAGGGGACCCCGCAUUUAUCAAUAGUGGGUUCAGCAACUGGAAAAAGACUGAACGAUUCUCAAAGCAUGAACAAUCUGAAUGCCAUCGGUACUCCGUCGAAUCAUUUAAAGCAUGGGAAAAACAGAAGUCAAUCGAUCACCUAAUCAGUGAGGGUGCUGCCAAACGUGAAUCUUAUCGUCAGGAAAGGGUAAAAAAGAACUGUACGAUCAUAGGAAAGUUGUUCGAUAUCACGAGGCUUUUGGGGAAGCUGAAUUUGGCAUUUCGAGGGCACCGAGAUGUAGACUCUGCAAACAGAGGAAUUUUUAAAGAAUUCGUCGAGUUCGUUUCACAAACAGAUCCUAUUCUUAACAAGCAUCUGUUAAGUGCACCAGAAAAUGCAAAAUAUUUGAGCCCCGAAAUCCAGAAUCAGUACAUUGCAAUGAUAGGAUCAGCCAUCAGAAAGGAAACAAUCAAACGUGUCAAAGAAGCUGGUGCGUAUUCAAUAAUCGCAGAUGAAACUCCUGAUAAUAGCAAAAAAGAACAGUUGGCAUUGGUAGUGAGAUGCGUGUAUCAAGGUGUCGUAGAGGAACGUUUGCUUGCUGUGAAGACAGUCGAUGAAACUGAUGCAAAAACGUUGCUGAAAACAAUCAUGGACGAGCUCAACGAGUGCGAGAUCCCAAUAGCAAUGCUUCGUGGUCAGUGCUAUGAUGGGGCAAGUAAUGUGUCUGGCAUCCAUGCUGGUUUGCAGGCGCAUAGCAUCAAAGCAAUUUAUCACACCAUCGAGUCUGUCAUUGCGACGUUGAAGGAAAUAAUCGAGAAGGAAAAGAAGCCAAACAUUUAUGCAGAGGCAAAAGGACUUCUCAGAAACAUUGACUUUGAAUUCAUUUUUGCGCUUGAGGUUCUCAAAGCUAUCUUGUUUGUCAGCAAAGGUGUGUCGGACAAACUUCAGACAGAGGAUCUUGACGUUGUUACAGGAUGUGAGAGAGUUGCAGAUCUUAAUUCAGCAAUCACCGAACUUCGCAACGACGCAAAGUUUGAAUUAUUUUGGCAGGAAGCAACAAGAAAAUGCAAACGCCUUGACACUGACGGGCCUAAAGAAGAGCGCAUCCGUAAAUUGCCCAGGAGAUAUGAAGAAAAUCCAAGUACGGCUGUCCAUCUAGAUCCUAAGGCCAACCUCAGGGUUAAGUUCUAUUAUAACGGUCUUUUCUACUUGGGACCAGAAAGAUUAGAUUCACCGGAGGCAUUGAAAAAGAUCCAGGUUGCCGUAGAUUGGUACAAAGGUGACCUGGAUACUGAUUCGUUAGAAGGUCAACUUGCAAGUCUCCAGAAGUCACAGAUUUUGAAAAGAGUUAUAAGCCCGGCGAGAGCGAGGAAGGAAAAGAAAACUGCAACCUUUGUCGAACUCUACGACGAAAUAAAAGAUGAUCUUUCCUGUUUUGGAGAAGUGAAGAAACUGAUGGAAAUUGCGCUAUCGUUACCUUUGACAUCCUGCAGUGCCGAAAGGGCAUUUUCAAAGCUAAAAAUAAUAAAAAAUCGACUGAGAUCCACCAUGGGGCAAGAGAGACUCCAAAGCCUUAUGCUGAUGUCCGUAGAAUCAGAUUUUCUUAAAAAUUUAGAUAUAGAAAUGCUUGUGAAAGAUUUUGCAGAUUUUGCUCCUAGGAGAAUGGACUUAGUUUAA